UUGGAACUAAAAAUGAUACCAGUAUACAAGAAGCAAGUACUACCACUACUACCAACACUACAGAACAAAAAACAUUAAUACAAGAAAUAGAAUCUUUACCUAAACAAGAAGUUGAAACGGGUUCCGCGUAUAAAAGAAAAGCUGGUGAAGAGUCACCAGACGAUGAAAAGAUACCAAAGAAAGAAAAAAAGUCAAAGAAACCUAAAGUUAAAGAAAUUGAAUCUGAAAUAGGAUCACCUGAAAAAACUGUAUCAAUUAAAAGAAAAAGAUCGGGAGUAGUGGAAGACAAUGAUAAUAAAUUAAGUGCAGAUAAAGAUAAACCAGAAAGUUCAACAAAGAAAACCGAAAAAUCCUCAAAGAAGUCAAAAAAAGAAAAGGCCGAAUCUGUAAAUAUGAAUAUUGAUGAAGAUGAAUCGAUGCCAGAAAAAAAGAAA